AUGUCAAACACCCCUGUUACCGAAAUCGUCACGCUCACUAGCAAUGAUGCGAUGAAGACGACUUCCAACUUCCAGGAGGCCGUCAAGCUCCUACGUCAGUCCAAUUUUGAAGGCCUCAAACAGAUGUAUUGGGGCGAUCGCGUCCAGGAGCCUGGAAUUAGGCAGUGGUUCAUCAAUUGGGAUUACCGCCCUCAGAGGUCAGAGUCGACGGCCGCAACAAUGGCGCAAAUCAAAGAAAAGCUCAACGCUGUUAUCGACUCCCCGGUGACGCGCAGGCUCGUCGCUUUCAAUCCGUUCCCACCUACCAAAUGUUUUGCCGCGCCGUUCACAGAACUCAUUAUCAGCACUGUAAAGCCUGAAACCAACCUGAAUAAAUUCAACAAGAUCGUUGACAAAUCGUUGGAAGUGUGCCAUGACUUUAAGGGAUGCUACGGAACUGCGUGGGGAUACGUCGUCAAUGCAGAAGGCCCAAAUGAAAUAGUGUUGUUGGUAGGAUGGGAAAGUCCAGAGCAUCACGUCGCGUUUAUGCAGACGGAACCUGCUAGGGUAACAACGGCUCCUUAUGUCGAGGGAGUAGAGACGUCAACCGUCUUCUACGUUCAGGCACAAGAUGCAUAA